UUAGCAUAUGGAAGUAUAAUAUUACAAUAUUAAAUUAUAUCUAUUUAAUUUAUAAUAUUUAUAAAUUCAAUGAAUCAUCUAUUGUUUAAAUUCAAUUAUUGAUAGCCUAAUAAAAAAUUUUGGUAGGCCUAAAAUUUAAAUGAUAAGAUUAGAUAGAGAUUAAAUUUAACAUGACUUUCUAUGAAUAGGUUCAUUAAGUCUAUUUUAAAAAAAAAAAAAUCACACAUGAAUCAAGGUUGUGACUUCUGUUUUAAUAUAUAAGAUAACCAUUUUUGAUCAUUUAUUCAUUGUUCGCAACAACAAAAAAAAACUACAGUUUACCAUAGAAAUAAAUAAAACCUAACAAUAACAUUUCCUUGGACACAAAACUUAAAUGAACAUAUAUAUGAUACAAGAACCAAAAUAAAAAUUGAAAAAUGUAACUAAUUACCCGAAAUCGUUAAUUCUACUGGCAAACUUAUCCCUGAGUAUAUAAGUGCCGAAAAAAUAUUUAGCAACCGGUUCUUAUUUGAUUAUUUCUAAUCCAAAAAAUAUUAUAGACUUCGGAACUUCUUUUUUCUUAGCAACACUUCGGAACUUCUUACAAUAAGAAAAAAUGUAGCUAAUUUGACUCGUGUAAACUUCAACGUACCAAAACAAAAACCCUUUUGUUUAUAUUCCCCAAAUCCUCCUCUCCUUUUCUCAUCUUCUCACUUCAAACUCUCUCUAUCUCUCUCUCACCUCAUCUUAAGAUUUCUCUGAAAGCUGACUACAAAGCCUUUUCUAAAAACAAACAAGACGAUCCUUCUCUAAUUGAUAUUUUAUUUAUAUAUAAAAUUUUAAAAAUGGGAAGACAUUCAUGCUGUUACAAACAGAAGCUGAGGAAAGGACUUUGGUCUCCUGAAGAAGACGAGAAGCUUCUUAGGUACAUCACUAAGUACGGCCAUGGCUGCUGGAGCUCUGUCCCUAAACAAGCUGGUUUGCAGAGAUGUGGAAAGAGCUGUAGAUUAAGAUGGAUAAACUAUCUAAGACCAGAUUUGAAGCGAGGAGCAUUUUCACAGGAUGAAGAAAACCUUAUUAUUGAACUUCAUGCCGUUCUUGGCAACAGGUGGUCUCAGAUUGCUGCACAGCUUCCUGGUAGAACCGACAAUGAAAUCAAGAAUCUAUGGAACUCUUCCUUAAAGAAGAAACUGAGGCUGAGAGGAAUUGAUCCGGUUACACACAAGCUCUUAACCGAAAUUGAAACCGGUACAGAUGACAAUACCACACCGGUUGAGAAGUGUCAAACGACCUACCUCAUUGAGACAGAAGGCUCCUCUAGUACCACCACUGGCAGUACUAACCACAACAACAGCAACACCGAUCAUCUUUAUACCGGAAAUUUUGGUUUCCAACGGUUAAGUCUUGAGACUGGUUCAAGAAUACAAACCGGCAUCUGGAUUCCCCAAACCGGGAGAAAUCAUCAUGUUGAUACCGUACCUAGUGCAGUGGUGCUACCCGGUUCAAUGUUCUCAUCUGGCUUAACCGAUUCAACAACCGGUUACAGAUCAUCCAAUCUCGGUUUAAUUGAAUUGGAUAACUCAUUCUCGACCGGGCCAAUGGUUACAGAGCAGCAACUUCAAGAGAGUAACUACAACAAUUCGACAUUCUUUGGAACUGGGAAUCUGAAUUGGGGAUUAACCAUGGAAGAAAAUCAAUUUACAAUAUCGAAUAAUUCGUUACAGAAUCACUCAAACUCGUCGUUGUAUAGUGAAAUCAAGUCCGAGACCAAUUUUUUCGGUACGGAGGCUGCAAAUGUUGGUAUGUGGCCAUGUAACCAGCUCCAGCCUCAGCAACAUGCAUAUGGCCAUAUUUAAAAUCUUCUUGUAUAUUAUAAGGUGUGUGGAUCUUCUUUUUCUUCUUCAAGUUAUUUUUCUUUAUUCCAAAUAUCGAGUUUUAUUUAUAAUGGUUUGUGUAUAUAAAGUUUGUGUUAUAUUCAUUUAAUCUAAGGGUGUUGUUCUUACAUUUUCUUUUAUUUGAUGUACUUUGUGAAGCAUAGUUUUCUGGACUUUGAGAUUUUGUUUGUCUAUUCUUGCUGGAUCAAUGACAUUUAUUUCUUAA